UUCUCAAGGGCCUUUCCUUGACAUGGAGGACUCUAACAACUCACCCGUCGACGCCUCAUCCACUUCCUGCGACGAGGAGAGUGGUUGGACCACCUACUUCGAGGACUUCAUGGCAUCAGAGGAGAGGAGGAGAGCGGCAGGUGGAUCUUCCUCCGGCGUCGCCGUGGGCAAUUCCAUGAUCUCGGAUGCGGCCUCCUGCGUUUCGAGGAAGACGUGGCAGCCACCGGCGCCGGCGGCGUGCAUCGAGGUGUCUGAUAAAUACAAGAACCUGAGUCUGAGGAGGAGGAAGGGGAGGAGACUACUGGAAGACGAUGCCUUGGAGGACACAGCGAGCUCGCCUGUCAAUAGCCCCAAGGUUAAUAAUCUGAGUGCGACCUCAAGCAAGAAAGAUGAUAACAGGGACACCGAUCUGCAGGACGGCGUUGGGCGCGGGAACGAUCCAGAGAUGAAAGAAGUCGUGAAUGGGUUUGAUUUUGGGGAGAGGACAAGUGAAUGCGUAGAGCUGAGGAAAAGAGGGCUCUGUUUGGUUCCUUUGUCCGUGAUAGACUUUUUAGUUUGAUGAGUUUGUUCAAAGUGAAAAAGCCAAUCAAUGUAAUUUAAUGUAGGUUUUGUUCAUAAUGGCAAUGGAGUCGAGGUUUAGUCCUUGGUGGAA